GAGACAGAUUAGGACUCAUACAGGAAGAACCAGUAUAUCCAGUCUUUUUGUUGAUGUGUGAGACUUCUAUUUUAGUGCCUAUCAACAGCUUUUCAUAGAGCCAUUUCUUCUUAGAGCCCUUCCAUCGAACACAGAGACUUCAUCAUGGAAACUAAAGUAGUGAUUAACCCACCUCAGCAAGUGAUGGCGAUGCAAAACUCUCGGGAGUGGGGGAGCGGCAUAUGUGGCUGCUUUACGGAUAUGAGAGACUGCUGUCUUGCAUUCUGGUGCCUCCCCUGCUUUGCCUGCUUGACCAGCAGAGCGUAUGGGGAGCAUCUCUGCACCCCGUUACUGGAGUGCUUUGCAUAUAUGAUCUCACCAAUCACCAUGUCCAUGAGGACCAGCAUGAGAGAGCGCUACAACAUCGAGGGCUCCAUUGCUAGGGAUUGCAUUUUCGUCACCUUCUGCCUUCCCUGCGUUUGGUGUCAGAUGUCCAGAGAGAUAAAGAGAAGGAACUUGCAAGUCGUCAUGGUCGGCGCAAAAAACAUAUGAGCUCAUUCUAAAUUUAUAUUAAAA